CAUUGCGGCUCGGACUUCAUGUAGUGAGCAUGUAGAUCAAAUGAGAUCGGGACGCACACAGGAUCGCUGUUUGUCUGAACUCAGGAGCGAAUGAUCACGCGUGACCGCACCGCAUCGCGUCUGUAGCGGCUGCAUGUGCAUGCAGAUCAACGCCUUGAUCAUGGCAGAGCCGACGCGUGCGUGAGCCGAGCACUCAGUCACCGCCUUAAAGGUGCUGCGCACUUACAGGAUUGAUCGGAUUGGUGUGCGAUCGAUCGCUCGAUGCAGAUCUGAAUCAUGUCAAGCGGACAGGACGAGAGCACAGUCCGGGUGGCGCUCAGGAUUCGUCCUCAGCUGGCAAGGGAAAAGAUUGAAGGAUGUCACAUCUGUACGUUUGUGACCCCUGGCGAACCCCAGGUGGUUCUGGGAAAGGACAAGGCCUUUACAUACGACUAUGUGUUUGACAUGGACUCCACGCAGGACACCAUCUAUGCCAACUGCACUGAGAAACUCAUCGAAGGAUGUUUUGAGGGUUAUAAUGCCACUAUAUUUGCCUACGGACAGACAGGGUCAGGGAAGACGUAUACGAUGGGCACAGGCUUUGACAUGGCCAUCCCAGACGAGGAGCUGGGCAUCAUCCCGCGGGCGGUCAGUCACCUCUAUAAAGGCAUCGAGCAGAGACGGCAGGCGGCCGCAGAUCAGGGUCGACCCGUCCCAGAGUUCAAGAUCAGCGCACAGUUUCUGGAGCUGUAUAAUGAGGAGGUGUUAGAUCUCUUCGACACCACGCGUGAUAUGGAGAUGAGGAAGCAGAAAUCGCACGUUAAAAUCCACGAGGACGCCAGCGGCAGCAUCUACACUGUAGGCUUGACGACACGCACUGUCUCCUCAGAGACCGAAAUGAUGCAGUGUCUGAAGCUGGGCGCUCUCUCCCGCACCACUGCUAGCACUCAGAUGAAUGUACAGAGCUCUCGAUCUCACGCCAUCUUCACCAUUCACAUCUGCCAAGUGCGUGUUUGUGCACCCGCUGAAGACCCGCCAGAGCAGGACGGUGAAACGGACAAUCGACUGGCCAACAGCUCGUCUGAGGUGGAAGAGUUCGAAACGCUCACAGCCAAGUUUCACUUCGUGGAUCUGGCUGGAUCAGAGAGACUCAAGAGGACAGGGGCCACGGGCGACCGAGCCAAAGAGGGCAUCUCUAUUAACUGUGGAUUGCUGGCAUUAGGGAAUGUCAUCAGUGCUUUAGGAGACCGAAGCAAACGAUCAACCCAUGUGCCUUACCGAGACUCCAAACUCACUCGCCUUCUGCAGGACUCACUGGGCGGAAACAGUCGAACAGUGAUGAUCGCCUGCACCAGCCCAUCAGAUCAGGACUUCAUGGAAACCUUGAACACACUGAAGUACGCUAACAGAGCACGCAACAUCAAGAACAAGGUGGUGGUGAACCAAGACAAGGCCAGCCAGCAGAUCAGUGCACUCAGGACGGAGAUCGCCCGGCUGCAGGUGGAGCUCAUGGAGUACAGAACGGGGAAGCGUAUGGUUGGAGAGGAUGGCCUGGAAAGCAUCAGCGACAUGUUCCAUGAGAACUCAAUGCUGCAGAUAGAGAACAAUAAUCUGCGCAUGCGUGUGAAGGCCAUGCAGGAAGCCAUCGACGCUCAGGGCGCUCGACUCACGCAGCUGCUCAGUGAACAGGCCAAUCAGGUGCUCUCCAGAGCAGGUGAAGGCAGUGAGGAGAUUGGAAAUAUGAUUCAGAAUUACAUCAAGGAGAUUGAAGAUCUGAGAGCCAAACUUCUGGAGAGUGAAGCAGUGAAUGAAAACCUGAGGAGAAACCUCACACGGGCAUCCAGCCGUCCUCCGUUUUACGGAACCUCUGGAAGUUUUUCUCCGGCCCUGCUGGGCCCCGACCCGAGCCAAGAGACCUCCGACAUCAUUGAGAUCGCCAAGAAAGAUCUGGAGAAACUGAAGAGGAAGGAGAAGAAGAAAAAGAAGAGACUCCAGCAGCUCCUGAGUGACAAGAGAGAGGAGGAUGAGGAGGAAGAGGUGGAGGAAGACAGUGCCAACAAAGAUGAAACACUUGACGGUGAACAGAAGAUUAUCGAGAUAGAGCAGUUAGAAUCGACCAAUCAAGAGCCAGAGAUGGAGACCAGUGACCGUGAGGAGGGAGAUGGAGAGGAAGACGAGGAGGACAUUGAGGAAGAGGAAAUGGAUGCAGAGGAGAGCUCAGAUGAGUCUGACUCUGACCUGGAUGAGAAGGAGGACUUCCAGGCAGAUCUGGCCAACAUCACGUGUGAGAUCGCCAUCAAGCAGAAGCUGAUCGAUGAGCUUGAGAACAGUCAGAGACGUCUGCACACGCUCAAACAACAGUAUGAGCAGAAACUCAUGAUGCUGCAGAGCAAGAUCAGAGACACGCAGCUGGAACGAGACCGUGUCCUGCACAACAUGGGCUCUGUGGAGUCAUGCUCUGAGGACAAGACCAAACGGAUAAAAGCAGAGUACGAGAAGAAACUCGGUGUCAUGAACAAAGAGCUCCAGAAACUACAGGCGGCUCAGAAGGAACACGCUCGCCUACUGAAGAACCAGUCACAGUACGAGAAGCAACUGAAGAAACUACAGCUGGAUCUGGCAGAAAUGAAGAAAACCAAAGUGCGUCUGAUGAAGCAGAUGAAGGAGCAGCAGGAGAAGAGCAGGAUGGCCGAAUCCCGCAGGAACCGAGAAAUUGCCACUCUUAAAAAGGACCAACGCAAACAGGAGCAUCAGCUAAAACUGCUUGAAGCUCAAAAGAGACAACAGGAACUUAUUCUGCGCAGGAAGACUGAGGAGGUGAGCGCUCUGAGGAGACAGGUGCGACCCAUAUCAGGAAAGGUCACACGAAAGGGGAAUCUGCCUGAGACAAGCCAGGACCUCUCUCACAGAGCAAGUCGCACAUACUCGGCCUCCGGAGCACCUACUGGAGCCAGAUUAUACCAUCGCAGGACGGUUGGGGUGUACUCUACACGAGUGGCUCGUGGGAAAUGGCAGUGUCUGGAACGCCGUGUCUCCGAUAUUAUCAUGCAGCGCAUGACCAUUUCCAACAUGGAGACCGACAUGAAUCGUCUUCUAAAGGCACGAAUCAACCUGUUACAACGGGAAAUAGCUGACGCGCCGGGCGGGAUAAGAUCAGCAGAAAAGAGGGAGCGACUGCUGGCAGAGGAACCGGAGUUAGAAAAAGAUGUUUCAGGCUCUCUGAAUGAGGAGCUGGAGUCUCUGCUGGCCAACAUCGACUACAUCAACGACAGCAUCUCUGACUGCCAGGCCAACAUCAUGCAGAUGGAGGAAGCCAAGGAGGAGGGUGAUGCUGUUGAUAUUUCGGCUGUGAUUAGUUCCUGCACUCUGGCUGAAGCUCGAUUCCUACUGGACCAUUUUAUGUCCAUGUCCAUCAACAAGGGUCUGCAGGCUGCUCAGAAGGAAUCUCAGAUAAAGGUGUUGGAGGGGCGACUCAAGCAAACUGAGAUCAACAGUGCCACUCAAAACCAGCUGCUCUUCCACAUGCUGAAAGAGAAGGCAGAGUUUAACCCGGAACUGGAUGCGUUGUUGGGGAACGCUCUGCAAGAACUAGAUAACAUACCCUUGGAAAAUGGAGAUGAUAGUAGUAGUGACGAGUCAACCCCAAGUCCUGCAGUGGAAGGAAACACCCUGGCCUCAGACCUCAUGAAGUUAUGUGGCGAGACAAAAUCUAGGACUAAGGCCCGAAGAAGGACCACUACUCAGAUGGAGUUACUCUAUGUGAACAACUGUGAUUCUGGCCCGGACACACCAACAAGAGACUUCUCUGUCCCUUUACACCCAAUGGCUGAGACAUCAGAGCUAGCUGGAGACCUGGAGUCGGCUGGAAAUACAGUAAGGGAUCGGGACUACAUGCUUCCUCCUGCAGGCUUGUCCUCUAGAAUGGGUACCAUAGGUGUGAUCAACCCUGUUCCUGUGUCGAAGAGCAGUCGUAGCAGUUCUCUGCAGUGUGUUCAUAUAGCCGAGGGUCACAGUAAAGCUGUACUGUGUGUCGACUCCACAGAUGACCUCCUCUUCACCGGGUCUAAAGACCGGACUUGUAAGGUGUGGAACCUGGUCACAGGACAGGAGAUCAUGUCUCUAGGUGGCCACCCCAACAACGUGGUAUCUGUGCGUUACAGCUCCAGUCUGGUGUUCACAGUUUCCACCUCCUACAUCAAAGUCUGGGACAUCCGUGACUCUGCAAAGUGUAUCCGGACACUCACAUCGUCGGGUCUUGUGAACCCUGGUGACACAUGUGCAGCCAGUACAAACCGCACCGUGACCAUCCCGGCUGGUGAGAACCAGGUCAACCAGAUCUUUCUGAACCCGUCCGGCACUGUUCUCUAUGCUGCCGCGGGCAACUCUGUUCGUGUGUGGGACCUGAGACGUUUUGUGUGUACAGGGAAACUGAUGGGUCAUCUGGGUCCGGUCAUGUGUUUGACUGUUGACCAGACUGGAAAUGGACAGGAUCUAGUUAUCACUGGCUCUAAGGAUCACUAUAUCAAGAUGUUUGAUGUUACAGAGGGUGCUGUGGGUAGUAUCAGCCCCACUCAUAACUUCGAGCCACCCCACUAUGAUGGCAUCGAGUCCCUGGUGGUUCAGGGAGAUUGUCUGUUUAGCGGCUCCAGAGACAACGGCAUUAAGAAAUGGAACCUGACCCGCAAGGACCUACUGCAGCAGGUACCCAACGCUCAUCGUGACUGGGUUUGUGCUCUGGGAGUGGUGCCAGCGUCUCCCAUCCUGCUGAGCGGCUGUAGAGGAGGAGUUCUCAAACUCUGGCACACGGACACCCUGAGUCCGUUGGGAGAACUCAGAGGCCACGAGAGCCCCAUCAACAGCAUCUCUACCAACAGCAGUCAUCUGUUUACCGCAUCAGAUGACCGCACAGUGAAGAUCUGGCGUGCGAGAGGAAGUCUGGAUGGCACCGCAGAUGUAGCCGACGCGAUUGAUGAGGCCACCAGUAACUGAUGACUCAACUCAAGUGCAGUGUUACCACGGUAACGCAGCUGCCAAAGACAUUUGCACUUUGACCCCACUAAUAAAACAUGGAUAUCCAGUUGACUCUUUGGCUUACAACACACACAUCCCGACAGAAUCGACUCGAAUCAGAAUCGUCUCACUAUGGUUCCUUUGGACAUUUCCGAGAAUUCAUUGCGUCUUUAGUGAUGUCCCACAAUUAGGCAAAGUCAACGUCACUUGCUAAAUAAAGCUCUUUGUCCUUUCAAUAACCAUGUCAGCUGGGUUAAUUCUAACAAUCAAGAAGAUGGCAGUGAAAACAGUCAUGCUAACGCAGAGUUCAGUUGAGGAAGAGAAACCGGAUCUUCUGUAGCAGGCUUCAAUAUUGCAGUUCAAACAGAGCAUUAUGGAGCGCUAGAGUCUAAGGACUAACUGGGUGAAACCUCACUAUAAACAUAUCCAGGUCAUAGUUCAUCUCAAAAAUAUUUAAAAGUAAUUUUGCAUUAAGGCUAUUUAAAUACAGCUUUAUUUAUUUAUUAUUAUUAUUAUUAUUAUUAUUAUUAUUUAUUUAUUUAUUUUUUUGCAUUAUGACAAUUAUGCAUAUUUCCCCACAAUUCUUAUUACUAUAAUAGAAACAUCUAUCUGUCUGUCUGUCUAUCUCUCUAUAAGAUUCAAUUGCAACAAAUACCAAAAUAACCUUUUUUGUCAAAUUAUUUCUGCUAAAUAAAUCCUUUUGGUGUUCCAUGGAGGAGAGAGGGAGAGUAUUAUUAUUAUCU